AUGAGUAACGAAACCAUAAUGCGUCAAAAAGACAUCAGACCACCGCCCUGUGAGAUUGACUACAAGGGUAUGAGAUUUCUUAUCACUGACAGACCUAAUGACCAGAUCAUUCACAACUAUAUAGCUGUAAGUAACCAGAUAUUUUUUAUUAAUUAUUACAAAUAAAAUGCAAUAAAAAAAAAAAAAUGUAUGUAUACAUUUUUAGGAAUUAAAGAGGCAUAACGUUAAACAUGUAGUACGUGUUUGUGAACCAACAUACAAAGUAGAUGAAUUAAAAGCAGAAGGUAUUGUAGUGACUGACUUAGCAUACGAUGAUGGUACAUCGCCUGCAAACGAGGUAAAUUACUUUUCCAUUACCAAGUAUAGUGUGUUGCAUACACUUAAAGCAUUACAAAUUUGUAUUAUAUCUAUUCCUCUAUAUUUUUUAGUUAAUUGAAGAAUGGUUUGAGUUAUUACGUAAUCAGUUUCGUACGGAGGAGGGUAGUUGUGUUGCUGUGCAUUGUGUGGCUGGUUUAGGUCGUGCGCCUGUUUUAGUGGCUUUGGCAUUAAUCGAACUCGGGUUGAAGUAUGAAGACGCCGUUCAACUAAUCAGAGAGUGCGUACAUACAUAUUUAACAUCAUAAUAUUCACAAUUAAUUUUCCGGCCCCAGUUUCUAAGAUGUAUUAAUUUGUCUUUAGGAAGAGAAGAGGAGCUAUUAAUUCUAAACAACUGGCAUUUUUAGAAAAGUACCGUCCAAAAUCUAGACUGAAGAUGAAGAACGGACACAAGACCGUCUGUUGCAUCCAAUGA